GCUCCUUUACCCUCAUCGUGGAGGCCUGGGACUGGGACAACGACACUACCCCGGAUGAGGAGCUGCUGAUCGAGCGGGUGUCACAUGCUGGCAUGAUCAACCCCGAGGACCGCUGGAAGAGCCUGCACUUCAGUGGCCACGUGGCGCACCUGGAGCUGCAGAUCCGCGUGCGCUGUGACGAGAACUACUACAGUGCCACCUGCAACAAAUUCUGCCGGCCCCGCAAUGACUUCUUCGGCCACUACACCUGCGACCAAUACGGCAACAAGGCCUGCAUGGACGGCUGGAUGGGCAAGGAGUGCAAAGAAGCCGUGUGUAAACAAGGAUGUAAUUUGCUCCAUGGGGGAUGUGCCGUGCCUGGGGAGUGCAGGUGCAGCUAUGGCUGGCAGGGGAGGUUCUGUGACGAGUGUGUCCCUUACCCUGGCUGUGUGCACGGCAGCUGUGUGGAGCCCUGGCAGUGCAACUGCGAGACCAACUGGGGUGGCCUGCUCUGUGACAAAGACCUGAACUACUGUGGCAGCCACCACCCCUGCACCAAUGGGGGCACGUGCAUCAACGCCGAGCCGGACCAGUACCACUGCGCCUGCCCGGAGGGCUACUCGGGCAAGAACUGUGAGCGAGCUGAGCAUGCCUGUGCCUCCAACCCGUGUGCCAAUGGGGGCUCCUGCCACGAGGUACCAUCUGGCUUUGAGUGUCACUGCCCAUCGGGCUGGAGUGGGCCCACCUGUGCACUUGACAUUGACGAGUGUGCCUCGAACCCAUGUGCUGCAGGCGGCACCUGUGUGGACCAGGUGGAUGGCUUCGAGUGCAUCUGCCCUGAGCAAUGGGUGGGGGCCACCUGCCAGCUGGACGCCAAUGAGUGUGACGGGAAGCCAUGCCUUAAUGCUUUUUCUUGCAAAAACCUGAUUGGCGGCUAUUACUGUGAUUGCAUCCCGGGCUGGAAGGGCAUCAACUGCCACAUCAACAUCAAUGACUGUCGUGGGCAGUGUCAGCACGGGGGCACCUGCAAGGAUCUAGUGAACGGGUACCAGUGUGUGUGCCCGCGGGGCUUCGGAGGCCGGCACUGCGAGUUGGAGCGGGACGAGUGUGCCAGCCGCCCCUGCCGUGGUGGCGGUCGUUGUGAGGACCUGGUCGACGGCUUCCGCUGCCACUGCCCCAAGGGCCUCUCCGGGCUGCUCUGCGAGGUGGAUGUGGACUUCUGCGAGCCAAAUCCCUGCCAGAAUGGUGCUCGCUGCUACAACCUGGAGGGUGACUAUUACUGCGCCUGCCCUGAUGACUUUGGUGGCAAGAACUGCUCUGUGCCCCGGGAGCCGUGCCCUGGCGGCACCUGCAGAGUGAUCGAUGGCUGUGGGUUGGAGGCAGGGCCCAGGGUGCCCGGCGCGAUGCCUUUCGGUGUGUGUGGCCCCCAUGGGCACUGUGUCAGCCAGCCUGGGGGCAACUUCUCCUGUGUCUGUGACAGCGGAUUCACUGGCACCUACUGCCAUGAGAACAUCGACGACUGCCUGGGCCAGCCCUGCCGCAAUGGGGGCACGUGCAUCGACGGGGUAGACGCCUUCCGCUGCUUCUGCCCCAGCGGCUGGGAGGGCGAGCUCUGCGACACCAAUCCCAACGACUGCCUUCCCGAUCCCUGCCACAGCCGCGGCCGCUGCUACGACCUGGUCAAUGACUUCUACUGUGCAUGCGAUGAUGGCUGGAAGGGCAAGACCUGCCACUCGCGUGAGUUCCAGUGUGAUGCCUACACCUGCAGCAAUGGUGGCACGUGCUAUGACAGCGGGGACACCUUCCGCUGUGCUUGCCCCCCAGGCUGGAAGGGCAGCACCUGCACCAUCGCCAAGAACAGCAGCUGCCUGCCCAACCCCUGCAUGAACGGGGGAACCUGCGUGGGCAGCGGAGACUCCUUUUCCUGCAUCUGCCGGGAUGGCUGGGAGGGCCGCACCUGCACGCACAACACCAAUGACUGCAACCCUCUGCCUUGCUACAAUGGUGGCAUCUGCGUUGAUGGUGUCAACUGGUUCCGCUGUGAGUGUGCGCCUGGCUUCGCAGGUCCUGACUGCCGCAUCAACAUUGAUGAGUGCCAGUCCUCGCCCUGCGCCUACGGGUCCACGUGUGUGGACGAGAUCAAUGGAUAUCGCUGUAUCUGCCCACCAGGCCGAGCCGGCCCACGGUGCCAGGAAGUGAUCGGGUUCGGGAGGUCCUGCUGGUCCCAGGGCACACCGUUCCCACACGGGAGCUCCUGGGUGGAAGAUUGCAACAGCUGCCACUGCCUGGAUGGCCGCCGGGACUGCAGCAAGGUGUGGUGCGGGCGGAAGCCAUGUCUGCUGACUGGCCAGCCUGAGGCCCUGAGUGCCCAGUGCCCGCCGGGGCAACAGUGCCUGGAGAAGGCCCCCAGCCAGUGUCUGCAGCCACCCUGUGCAGCCUGGGGGGAGUGUGGUACCGAGGAGCCCGUGCCACCUGGCACCCCCUGCCUGCCACGCUCCAGCCACCUGGACAACAACUGCGCUCGCCUCACAUUGCGCUUCAACCGUGACCAAGUGCCCCAGGGCACCACCGUGGACGCCAUCUGCUCCGGGAUCCGCUCCCUGCCGGCCACGAGGGCAGUGGCCCGGGACCGGCUGCUUGUGCUGCUCUGUGAUCGGUCCUCCUCAGCGGCCAGUGCCGUGGAGGUGGCCAUGUCCUUUAGCCCUGCACGGGACCUGCCUGACAGCAGCCUGAUCCAGAGUGCGGCCCAUGCCAUCGUGGCUGCCAUCACCCAGCGGGGCAACGGCUCACUGCUGCUGGCCGUCACUGAGGUCAAGGUGGAGACAGUCGUCGUGGGUGGCUCCUCCACAGGCCUGCUGGUGCCCGUGCUGUGCGGCGCGUUCAGCGUGCUGUGGCUGGCGUGCGUGGCCGUGUGCGCCUGGUGGACCCGCAAGCGCAGGAAAGAGCGGGAGCGGAGCCGGCUGCCGCGGGACGAGAGCGCCAACAACCAGUGGGCGCCGCUCAACCCCAUCCACAACCCCAUCGAGCGGCCUGGCGGCCCGGGGGGUGGCGGGGGCCACAAGGACAUGCUGUACCCGUGCAAGAACUUCACGCCACCGCCGCGCAGGGCGGACGAGGUGCUGCCCGGGCCGGCGGCUCCCAUGGGCGCUGGGGAGCAUGAGGACGACGAGGCGCUGGGCCGCGGGGAGGAGGACCCUCCGGAAGCUGAGAAGUUCCUCUCACACAAGGUCACCAAAGAGCCCUGCUGCUCGCCGGGGAGGCCAGCCCGCUGGGCCUCGGGCCCCAAAGUGGACAACCGCGCGGUCAGGAGCGUCAAUGACGCACGCUUCGUGGGCAAGGACUAGGGCGGCCGCUGCCAGCUGGGACCCGGGACCCUCGCCCGCGCCGCGCCACCUGCGGGACCAUGGGAGGCCGAGGCCGUGUGCAUAGUUUCUUUAUUUUGU